AUGUCGCUUUUGCACCGAAUUCACGGCGCGAGGUUCUCACCCGCGCUACGACAGGCGGAGCGCCCCUCAGAUGGCCUGCGCGGCGUCUUCACGCGGCGCCUCAUCCCACGAGGCGCUCUCAUUCUCUCCAUUCCCCUUCCUUACGUCUACUUCCCCCAUGGCCUUUCUUCUCCGUUUCCCCUCCAAGGGGGUGGGAACUCCAGUGAAACGAGGGAUCUGCUCCAGCUGCGGCGUUGCAACCGCCAGAUCGCGUUGUUUCCGGAGUUUUGGACGUGGCUGCGGCGCCUUUCCCCUGACGUCGUGGUGGGGGAAGCCAGCGAGGAGGGGGGAGGGGGGAGCGUUGCUUUGAGUGCCUCCGCCUCCCUCAGAGGGUCCUCCCCGGCCGUCGUAACACUCACGUUAUCCCCUGUGGAGGCGGCGAUCGCGAUUUGCGUGGGGGUGCGGUAUUUUUUUGCGAGCGCCCUCGCGAUUCCGCGGCGAACGCGCGUCGCGCUUCGUCUAGGGUGCGAAGGCGCUACCGCGAUGGAUGCGGGGGAGAUUUACGUCCGCUCCCUGCCGAUCGCGGAGUUUCUUCGUUACGGGGUGGAGGGUUUUUUUCAACAGGCACUUGGAGACGAAGCGAAUGCGCAUAGCUGCCUGGAGCAGCUCGCGUGGAAUCUGCGCGAUGCCUGCCUGACGUACGCGACGGCGGAGGAAUAUCGUCUGAUCGAUGCCAACCCGUCCACCUUUGAUGAGGUGCUGCUCGCGGUGUUGUACAUCGUGCGAGCGCGGGUGUUUCAGAUUCCCCUUCUUCUUGAUGAGAAUCCACUCCGGGAUCGGUUAGUGCGCGUCUACUCUCCGGGUUUGGAUAGCUUGAAUCAUGCCGAGGCGCACGAUUGCACGGCGGCCGCCGUGGUUUCUGCUCGAAAUCGGAGUGUUGUAGUGCGCGCUGUGCGCGAUAUUCGCGCGGGUGAAGAGAUCACAUUCGAUUACUCCUCCCAAAAUUAUGUUCCCACCGAUCGCAUCACGCUUCUCCGUUCCAUGCGGCGUGGAAAGCGUUCGGAUCAGAGUCCACACGAAAUUCAGGUCGGGGAAGCGUGGGCGUCGCGUUAUUUAUUCAAUAGAGAUUAA